AUGAAUACUGUUGGUUCUUCUUGUGUUGUCCCUACUUCUGAAUUUGCCUAUAAUUCUCCUAUUUCUAGUUCUAUUUCUAUUUCUCAUGUUUCUGCAUCCACUUAUGUGGUUCAUGCUACUUCCAUCUCAUCUCUUUGUGUCUCUAAUACUGCUCAUGUGCCUUCUGGUGUAUCUACUGAUUCUUUUUAUUCUCCGCCAUCUCCUCCCUCUUCCUCUGCUGCUGCAGAUUCUUCUUCACCUUCUUCUUCCUCUCUUCCUUCUGCUAUUGCAGAUUCAUCUUCCCCUUCUAGCAUUUUUUAUUCUUCUGAUGCCACUUCCUCUUCUUAUUCACCUGCUUGA